AGCACUUUGAGUCAAGAAAUCAUCCCACUUCUGCUUUUCAUUUCACACAGUUACUCUCUGGUUAAGUCUUUAGUCAGUCAGUUUGCUGUAGCUGGUGAGUACAGAUACAUUCUUGAUAUUUUACUGCCAGUGACUUUUUAGUAAUCAACUUGUUAUAGGCUCAGGUCAAUGAUGGGAUAUUUCAUUCUGAUGAUUCUUGUUCUUGCGCCAGGUGUUUGGAGUGGAGAUUGGAGGGUGACCUUAGAGAGUCAGUGUGCUUUGAAGGGCACAUCAGUAGUUAUAAAGUGUGACUAUGACUACCCUUCUGGUCAUACUGUCACCGAGGUGCAGUGGUUAAAAUGGUCUGUAGCCAGUCAGCGGGUUCCCCUCUCUGAUCUGCCUUCACCUCCAGACUUUAAAUAUGUGGGCAACAAACGUGACGACUGUGACCUGAAGAUCAAUAACGUCCGACCCAUGGAUGAAGGAUGGUACUAUUUCAGUUUUGUGACAACGCGCGACACAUGGAGAAGUAGAUACUCCGCUUAUUUGACUGUGCGAGAGUUGACCGCCGUCGUGUGGCCGACCACUGUGUCAGAAGGAGAUAAUGUCCGACUGAACUGCGAGUCAGGCUGCCCUUCAAUUCCAGGCAUCGUCUGGUUCAGAGAUGGACAAAGAGUGUCAGAACCAGAGUUCUGGGCCAGAAGAGAGGAUGCUGGGACGUACCAGUGUGCCGUCUAUGGACAAGAGAACGCCAGAUCUGCCUCUGUGGCUCUGAAUGUUCACUAUGCUCCCAAGAAUGUGACACUGUCCAUAAGUUCACCAGCAGACAUCGUCAGAGGAAGUUCAGUGACCUUCUCCUGCAGCUGUGAAGCAAACCCACCUGUGACACGCGAAGGAUACAGUCUGUACAAGGAAGGACAGUUGGUCAGUUUAGGACAGACCCACACCAUCAUUGAUAUGCAGCCCAGUCACAGUGGACUGUACCACUGUCAAGCAGGGAACAGCAUCAGCUGGAUGGGCAUUGACACGGUCAAAUCAACUGAGAUUCACCUUGAUGUCCAGUAUGCUCCCAAUAAUGUGACACUGUCCAUAAGUUCACCAGCAAACAUCAUCAGAGGGAGUUCAGUGACCUUCUCCUGCAGCUGUGAAGCAAACCCACCUGUGACACACGAAGGAUACAGUCUGUACAAGGACGGACAGUUGGUCAGUUUAGGACAGACCCACACCAUCUUUGAUAUGCAGCCCAGUCACAGUGGACUGUACCACUGUCGAGCAAGGAACAGCAUCAGCUGGAUGGGCAUUGACACGGUCAAUUCGACUGAGAUUCACCUUGAUGUCCAGUAUGAGCCCAUGAAAGUUUCAGGUUCAGUGGAGCCACAACAAGUCGCUGAGGGCGGCAGUGUGAAUCUGACCUGCAGCAGUGUGGCUAAUCCUGCAGCAGACAACUACACCUGGUACAGGAGGAGGACACAUUCAGCCAACUCCAACUCUAUUCUCCAGGUGGGCUCAGGACAGAUGCUGUCUCUUCACUCUGUGGAGGCUUCUCACUCUGGACUGUACUUCUGCCAGGCCAGGAACAGUGUGGGGGAGAACAACUCAACUGAGGUGCUUCUCACCGUGGAGACAAUGAAUCAAGGCAGCCAGUCCUACCUAAUCAUAGCUGGACUUGCAGGACUCAUUGUUAUAGUGGCUCUUGUGACAGCUCUUCUUCUGUUCUGGAAGAAACUAAGAGCGCAAAACGCUGUGUCUGGCUCCAGAGUAAAUGGCUUGAGCUCAUCAGUCAGAGAAGAUCAGCUCGACACCAUUUAUGCCAACAUCACAGUUCCAUCCUCUCCCCCUCUUACCCCAACUUCUGACGAAUCUGAAGUAAUCUACUCGACUGUGACCAUCAAACACAAAGCAACUAAUGUUUCACCUCACAUAAAGUCCAAAGCAGAAGCAGAGGAGGAGAAUUCUGUGAUCUAUGCUGCUGUGGCUAAAUCCAGAGGAUCCUGAUCUUAACACAAUAGUGGACAGGAAACAACCAUUUUUGUUCAAAUUGUGAAAGAGUGGUUCAGGGAGCAUGAGACAUCAUUUUCACACAUGGAUUGGUGUCACGACCGAACAAGGAUUUGAACCCAAUAGCACGACUCAGAGACAACUUCAAAAAGUAUCACAAUUUAUUGCACAAAGUCAGUCAGUCAGUCAUCAUCUACCGCUUUAUCCUCUGCUAGAGGGUCGCGGGGGGUGCUGUGCCAAUCUCAGCUACAUCGGGCGAUAGGCGGGGUAUACCCUGGACAGUUCGCCAGUCCAUCGCAGGGCCACACACAGAGAGACAGACAAACAACCAUUCACUCUCACACUCACUCCUAUGGUCAAUUUAGAUUGUCCAAUCUACCUAUCCCCACAUCGCAUGUUUUUGGACUGUGGGAGGAAGCCGGAGAACCCGGAGAGAACCCACGCACACACGGGGAGAACAUGCAAACUCCAUGCCUUGUUCCAACCGGGGCUCGAACUCGGGUCUUCUCGCUGCAAGGCGAGAGUGCUAACCACUACCCCACCGUGUGGCCCUAUUGCACAAAGUAUCAAACAUUAAUCACUCUCCAAGGAGGAAAAGUAACAACAGAAAAUCACCCUAUCGUGGAAUCACUAAAUAAGCAAAAGGGCAAAAAUAACUAAUUAUAAUGGGAGGAGACAAAAGGUUUGGGCAAAGUGCCAAAUCAAAAUCACUCUUCACGAGGAAAAACUCAGAAUGCUCAAAAAAGCAAGACAAAGUCACAAAUAAGAAACACAAAGCCUGACAAACAAUUUAUGUGGCAUGGACUGGCGUGGGUUCUCUGGCAUGACAUGACAAGACGAACUGGCACAGGGCAAAGGGAAGCACAGGCUAUAUAUGCACUUACACCCGCCCAAGGUAAUGGGGAACAGGUGGAAACAAUCAGGGCGGGGACGAUAAUCAGACUGGCGGGAAACCCACAGGGGAAGGGCAAGUUAUCUGAAACAAGAGGAAAGAGAGAUGUCAAAGUAAAACAGGAAGUCACGAGACAACAGAUACAAGACAAAACUAAACAUAACUUAACACAACUUCCUAGAUAUGACAAUUGGCCACAGAGUCCAUACCUUAACCCCAUUGAGCAUCUUUGGGAUGUGCUGGAGAAGGCUUUGCUCAGUGGCCCGACAUCAUCAAUACAAGAGCUUGGUGAAAAAUCAAUGCAACACUGGACGGAAAUAAAUCUUGUGACAUUGCAGCAGCUUAUGGAAACAAUGCCACAGUGAAUUGGUUCCCUAUUUUUGUCUAAAUGACAACCUUCGUUAAAUAAAUGAACAUUUUCUGGUGA